UUCAUUGAUAUGCAAUGUCCCUGCCAAAUAAACAAUUACAAAAUAUAUGUUUCUGCAAAAGCAUUGAAACUCUGAAAGUCAUGAAUGCUUUCAGGUCAGCCUCACAGCACUGAGCAGAAACACACAGUGUCACGUGUUCAGAAACAAGCUGAGCAGGAAGAGGAGGUGUUCAUCUGCAUGUAUUUCAGUCUGAUGCUCAGCCAUUCAGCAGGAAGUCAACAUGGAGGUCACAGCUCUCUGCUUCACCCCGUGUGAGUUUCACUUCUUCCAGUUUACAGAGUAAUAAAAGAGAUAAUGGUUAAUACUCAGUUUCCUUCCUUGGUCUGUUCAGUGAUGCUCAUUGUCCUCGCUGCACAUGUUCAGAACAACGAAGCAGCUUUCCGUAUCGUUCCAACCCGACUGCAGCUCUUUGAACAGGAGCCAGUCUCCUUUCACUGCGAGGGUCUCGACGGCUCCACUCGGCUGAGAGGGAUCAGGGAUGCUGGGGACUUUAUUUCCACUUGUAGUGAGAGGACCCCCGUACUAUACUGCACCAUUAAAAGAGCCUAUAGUGGAGACAGUGGAGAUUACUGGUGUGAGGCUGACGGAGGAGAAAGGAGCCACAGUGUCACCAUCUCUGUCAAUGGUGGCUCUGUGAUCCUGGAGAGUCCCGUCCUCCCUGUGAGAGAGGCCAGCGCUGUGACUCUGAGCUGCAGGAACAAGACGACCACUUCCUCCAUCCUGUCAGCUGACUUCUAUAAAGAUGGCCGCCUCAUCAGGAGCAGCUCCACAGGAAACAUCACCAUCCAAAGAGUUUCUAAAUCUGAUGAAGGACUCUACAAGUGCAGCAUCUCUGACGGUGGAGAAUCACCAGAGAGCUGGCUGGCUGUCAGAGCUGUUCACAGAGAGACGUGUCCCUCCUCGGAUCACUCCCUUCACGUCCUCCUCGUCUUAAGGACUGUGUUCACCGUAGUGAUGGUGGCUCUGCUGCUGCUGCUGGUGGGACUGCUGCAUUGUGGGAAACUCAGGGUCACACAGAAAUAACUCAUGUAAAAAGAUUAGAGUUUGGUCAUCAACACAAUGAACACCACAAGCCGAGGACAUGAUCACUUCUUCAGCGUUGUAUCUCUUCUUCUGCUCAGGUUGAGUGUGAGGUAACUUCUCUGUGUCUCAUGAUGGUACGAGCAGCAGCUGUUAGACUUUCUCACACUCGAGACAAAGUUAAAAACCACAGAGGUACUGACUGACGCAUGCAUUUAUUUUAAAAGGCGAGCUGAGGGUUUGUUGUUCUGAGUUUUAUUUUAGACUCCAGAUACUUUCAGCUUCUCAGACAUGUCUGUAUAAAUAAAUGAAUACAUAAGUAAAGAGGCCUUCAGGGGGAUUUAUAGAAACAAGUAACUUAUAGCAUAUAAUAUAAUUGUGAGGUUUGAACGUGGUAAAACCUGCUAGAUUGUUAGCGUGCUAACUUUGGCUUACAGCUCAAAGGACGGCUGUGAGCCUCAGAGAAACAAGACUGUAGACUGAAAGAGAAAAACUGUUUAUUGGAACAGAAAUCAUGUCAACGUGUUUUCAGUCAACAAAACUAACUUAACUGGUUUUGCAAAACAUCAUAUAAUUAAAACAUAUCACCUUAAAAUUAAACAUUAUCUCUCACAGGACAUUAAAAACAUAUUUGGAAGUUAACAUGGCCGUAAGCAAAUAUCAAAAUUGUACAUCAGUACAUGUACAUACACAAAUAAAACACAUUUGUACAUCUUAACUACAUAAACUUGAAGUGAAUUACAUUUUGGCAAUUUACACGGACAGCAAUACAAAACAAAUAACUUUUAUUUGAUGAUUUGCAUUAGCUCACAUUUUGUAUUAAAAAGAGUGGAAUAUUUGAUAGUGAUAUUUAGCACGAUAAAAGAGUAGAUUUAGUCAAAUCUAAAAGCAGUGGCAGCAAAAUAAAGGCAGUUCACCUCAAAACAUGUUUGAACUGUUAAAUAAACCUGAAUAGUAAAAGUAAAGUGUGUGAUUCUAUAAAA